CCUCCCCACUCUGCUUGCACCAUUUUCACCACUACUUUUGACAAUCCAUUAAUACCUUUUUCUCUUCUUGAGAGUUUUUAUUUAUUUUCCAUGACUUUUAUUAAACGCGCUAGUAAGCGAAUUGGCUUUACUGUUCUCAUUACCCUUGCGUCACUGUACACUGUCCACCAUUUGAUGAUAGUCAACCAGUCACAAUCACAGUCGCUAAGCUCCGGAGCCACCGCCGCCGUUGACGAGGCGGCCAGGCAACUGGGUGCUCUCAACAUUGCUCAGGACCCGCUGGAUGGUGCACUGGCCAAUGAAGCCGGCUACCCGCGAGCCACCAAGGGCAAAAAACAGAUGCUUAGGCGGGCAACAGCAGAUGAAAUGAAGAGCUUCAAGGCCAACCAGCCUACGCUAUUCCAACUAAAAGAGUUUGCUGACGGCGUUGCACCCAAGCGUCUUAUAUUUAUCGGUGAUAUCCACGGGUGCCUAACGGAGCUUAACUUGCUUUUGGAGAAGGUCAAAUUUACGCCGGGCGAGGACCAGGUUGUCAUGGUCGGCGACCUGGUGGCCAAGGGACCAGAGUCCGUUGGCGUUGUGCGCAGGGCGCGCAAAAUUGGAGCCUGGUGCGUGCGCGGCAAUCACGAUGACCCGGUCAUCAGAUGGCGCGAGUUCCUCGACGGCCCGGGAAUGGGUGUUUCGGUGACCGAGCUCACGGCCAUGGAGAAGGCUGGCAGCCUGCCAUACCCGGACUUUCAGAUUACAGCUAAGCCGCACUUUGAAAUUGCGCGCAAGUUGUCGCCGACUGACUUUACCUUCAUGUCCAAGUUCCCUACCAUUCUGGCACUGCCAGAGCCAUUCUCGGAAUGGGUGGUUGCUCAUGGCGGUCUGGAUCCAUCACAGGCCAUCUCUAAGCAAAACCAAGACGACGUCAUGACCGUGCGUAACAUUGAAAACUCCAAGCUGACCAGUGAGAAGGACGUCGGCAUGGCAUGGUUCGAGGUGUGGGCUGCCAAGAUGAAGCUGCUCAAUCCUUCGGCAGAAGGCUCGUCCAGUGGGGUAACGAGUUACGACCAGGAGCUUGUAAAGAAGGUUAUCUAUGGUCACGAUGCCAGCCGUGCCCUGCAAAUCAACGAAUACACGAAGGGUUUGGACAGUCGGUGUGUCUAUGGGGGUGAGUUGACAGCGUUUAUUCUUCCUGGUGAAGAGCUGGUCUCCGUCAAGUGUUCCAACUAUGAAGAGAGCAGCGGGACCAAAGACCGUCGCCGCAACCUGCAUAAACGUGGUGGGAAUAAUAGCUUGAAUCAAGGGAAAGGCCGCAAAGGAAGCAUGUACAAGAAGCGCUCUAAGCAACUGGGUGGACCAAAUACAGUUGACAUGUAGUAGUAUCCGCAGCCUUUGCAGCCUGAGGCACAGGAUACUCGCAAAACUCCGCUUAGCAGGUUUAAAAAACGCUGUUGUAGGCAGGGC